UUUUCCUAUACUUGCUGAUAUAUUCAGUGACAGAGCCAUUGGAAAGUAAAUUUCUUGAUGUAGAGUAGUGAACGCAUAUUCAUGGCUGAUAUGCGGAUACCGGAUACCUUUAGUAGUCCAGGGCCCAGGAUUUGCGAUGUUUUGGCUUAAUUGUAAUUAAAGGAAAUGCUUUGUUGAACUUAAGGACAUAAAAGCAUAUUAAAAAAAUCACUGAAAAGUGAUAAUUUUAAAAUUACAGGAAAGUGCCACUCGGAGGUUAAGCAAAAUUAAAUUAAAACUUGUAGCUACUUUAGUUUUUUCAAUUUAUAAAUCUAGUUUAAAUUAAACUAAAAAGAAAUAUAUCUUUUUUGUAAACAAACACAUUUAACGGCUAAACAGCUGGCUCCGGUUGGAUGAUACUGCGCAGGACGAGUGUAAUAUCCACCACCGUCUCGGAGGUAGGUGUAGAAAAGUGUUACACUUUUUUUCUUACAGCAUUUCAAAGAAACGAGUUGUACGCGUUCUACGACAGAAGUUGAGUGUAUCGUGAAAAAAAGUGUAAACACUAGAAAAACAAAGAAACAAGAAAGUGUAACACUUUUACACUUUUCUUACACUUUUCAAGAACUAGUGUUACACUUAAAACAAAGGAACAGACCUAAUAAUUAUUGAUUGUCAUUUGUUUCGAGGUUCUGUCAUGUGUCACCUAAUAUAUCAGCGCAUAGCCACCUUUACUUAACAAGCCAUGAAGUUGAAACUUGGCAACAUCUAUUGGUAGACCGAUUAAUUCAGACAGUUCUCAUUUGUUUUUAAAUAAUUUUCACUGUAUUUACAGAGAAACUGAAAUAUUUUACAAUAUUUCGUGCUCCAAAUUAUAAAGAACAUUAAAAGACAAAAUGGCGGUGAUUCGGCAAACCAGCUAUAACUCCGAUGUUAAUAAACUACGAAAAAAAUUACAAAAUCAUUGGGGUACUAUACAAACUGUACAAUUGUACAGGAAAUGUAAAGAAAACUUGGGCAUUACUGCAGUAGAAGGAAAGGUUAAAUUAGAAACAUCGUACGGUAUAUACUCUGAAGAUAUUUUGGGCAUAUUUAUAAAAGCCGUUUUAUCAAACAGCUGCGCAGAAAAAACGGGAAAAUUUAAAACAGGUGACCGAAUUUUGGAAAUAAAUGGAGUUGACUUAAAAGAAGCUAGUACCGAGCAAGUUUUACAGCUAAUUGGAAAUUCGGAAAGUCCCAUUUCAUUUGUUAUACAGUCACUUUUACCACCUUUGAUGUUUAAUGAUGUGCAAUCAAUUACACCGAUACAAUCUGUAGAAAUAAAUAGAGAGAUAACACAGACAACUGAAACAGAACAUCAUGAAAAACAUAAUAAGAGUCAACCAUUAUCCGAAUCAGAAAGUGAAGAUGAUGAUGAUGAGGAGGACGUUCGAGACUUGGAGGGUAGAACUAUGACCGCUAAGGGAUACAUGAUCGAUAGGGCCAGCGCUGGAAACGUUACAAGAACUAAGGAUGAGAUCCUUAAUGAUUCGGAAGAAGAAGAUUUGUUUGGAUAUACAAUGAGUAAAAUAAAAAAGAAAUAUUUAAAUGUAAGCCAUCACAUAGUCACUGCUCAAUUGGAACGGUUCUCUCAAGAAAUAGGCCUCAGCUUAGCUGGCCAUAAAGAUAGAAAUUGUAUGGCCGUUUUUGUUGCCGGUCUUAAUCCGCAGGGAUCUGCCUACAAAUCAGGGGACAUUAAAGUUGGUGAUGAAAUUCUUGAGAUAAAUGGUGUCGUACUACAAGGCCGCUGCCAUCUUAAUGUCUCCACUAUAAUAAAAGGACUACCAGGACCAAUACUUAAAAUAAUUUUAUUAAGAAAAAAAACUGGUAUAGACGAUAUAGCUGUUAAGCCUAUUACACAAUUUCCUAUUGCAGAUAUCGAUGCUGUAUCCGAGGAAUCUUUUAAAGAUAAAUUUCCCAACGUUCGUACAGUUGCUCUAAGAAAGGAACCCACCCAUAGUCUGGGAAUAAUGAUAAUAGAAGGAAAACAUGCUGGAGUUGGCAAGGGGAUAUUCAUUUCUGACAUUCAAGAAGGUGGUACCGCUGAAAAGGCUGGUCUCGAAAUUGGUGAAAUGAUAUUAGCAGUGAAUAAGGAUUCUCUUAUAGGCGUAACAUAUGAAGUUGCAGCAAGUUUACUUAAAAAUGUAAAUGGUGUUGUCACACUAAUUGUAUCAAAUCCUGAAAAGAAGGAGGAUAAGUUACUUUCUCCUUCAUCUGCAGUUGAUGAGAAUAAAAAUAAAAUUGCAUCGCCAAAGUCACCUCUACCCGCUUCUCGAUCACCAACCCCAACAAAAGAUCCAGCUGCAGAUCCUUUAGUUUGUACCAUAUGUGAAGGUAAAGAAGUUACUAUAGAAAUUGUGACAGAAAAUCAACUGUUAGGAAUUUUCUUUGUCGGAAAAGGAGAUAAUUCUACUAGUGCAUAUGGAGUGAUCCUAAUUGAAAUAUACCAAAAAGGUUUGGCCGAUAAAGACCAAAGAUUGCAACCAGGAGAUAUGAUAAUGGAAGUAAAUGGUAUAUCUUUACGCGAGGUACCUUUUACAACAGCAUCACAAGCUUUACGUGAAACAGGACCUAAAGUGAGACUAAUUGUCUACAGACCAAGUCAAUCUGAUUACACUUCGUUUGAAAUAAAUUUAGUCAAGAAGCCAGGAAGGGGUUUGGGAUUAAGUGUAAUAAGUAGAAAAUAUCUUAAAGGCAUAUACGUAGCAGAUAUAAUAAACGGUGGUUCUGCAGAUUUGGAUGGUGGACUCAUCAAGGGUGAUUUAAUUACUGCAGUGGAUGAGAAAGAUCUCGCAAAUUGUACUGAAGAAGAAGCGAGUGUAAUAUUGAAAACUGUGUCAGGCAAUGCUCGACUGAAAAUAAAUCGAUGCAAGUUUAUAUCAAAAUAAAUUUCCUUUUAUGUACGGUGUUGUCCUGAAAGCGUUAAUCGAGGAGUCAAUAGAGUUUUUGCUUACGGAAAAACUUAAACAAGAUAGAACUUUUUGUAAUUUCAUUAAGAAAUGUUUAAUAACAACAUAUCAAAAAGUUCUACUCCAGAAGUGGGUGCUUCACUUUUUAUUUGACAAAUGAACUGCAAAAUUAGCAGUUGUUUUGAAAUUGUUUUUUUAGACACCUACCAAAAUAUAAAUCUUGGGAAAAACUAACUUGACCAUUGAAAAAUUCAGAAUAUUCUUCACAAUAAACCUUAUAUAAAUAUUUUUCUAAAAUUAAAUCUAUAGCUUCUACAAUUUUUUAUUUAUAACAAUAAAGUCACCCUUCUCACAAACAUUGACGCACUGUAUAGUAGCGUUAGGCGAAGCGCACGGUUGAGUUAUUUUAAUAUAAUUAUUUAAAUAAUUGAUCAAUUAACUAUUUAGAUGGGAAAUAAGCCACAAUUAAAUUGAAAAAAAAAUAAUUUUAUUAA